UCCGCCCACUGCCAACGACGCCGACGCCGCCCCGCGCACGCAAAAGUCCACUUUCUAGCCAUGGAGAACGAUCAGGGUAUCCUCGUUGACCUUUACGUCCCCCGCAAGUGCGCGGCGACCAACCGUCUCAUCACCUCCAAGGACCACGCCUCUGUCCAGAUCUCCGUCGUCGAUGUCGAUGCCGACGGACGUGCUCUCCCGACCUCCACCACUUUUGCGCUGAGCGGCCAGGUCCGUGCCGAUGGUGAGAGCGACGACUCCCUGAACCGGUUGGCGACCAAGGCUGGUCUUCUCCGGAAUGUAUGGUCGUACCAAAAGUGAUCCGCGCAGGCUUUGAUCGGAGUUGCUCUUGUCACUGUAUAUCUCGUCUCUUCAUCUCGCUGCAUAUUCAUGGGCCAGGUGGCUGCUUGUAAAACACCACUAGUAUGUGUGAUCAUGUUCGACCCCAAGUUCACAAUGUCCCGCGGCGUACCCGUUGUUGAUGGGUAAACCUCGU